UCCUCAUCGUCAUGUUGAGGAAGGGCUCAGAGCUGCUGAAGGGAGACAGAGAGGUCCUCCUGGAUCUGGACUAUGGGGGUGAAGCACAAACCACAGACAGCUAUGGGAGUCUGCGGAACGGGAGCUUCAUCCCGCCAAGAUAUCUUUCAGCCGCAGCUGCUGACGAAGAUAUGGAUGGUGAUGAUCCCAUUUAUAUUCACUGUGAUACAAGAAGUAACCAGCCAGUUCCGCAGCUGGGGAAUUACUUUAGAGAUGGAAGAACCAAGAUCGACUUUGUACUGGUGUGGGAAAUUCGCUCGCGGAGGAAACGGCGAGGGAAGGGGAAGAUCGAGGCGACCGGCGAGGAAGGGGAAGCCGUGCCCACUGUGGAGAACAGCAGGUCUGAACGAAGGAAGGCACAGCUGGCACAGUGGAGGGAGAAGUUUGUUCAGAAUCUGGAGAGUGCUGGAUUGCUCAUGGAAAAGGAGGAAACAGCAAAUGAAAAGAAAACAAUACAUUUUCUGAAACUUAGCGCUCCUUGGGAUGUGUUGGUGUAUUAUGCUGAGGAGCUCUGUGUGAGAGCUCCACUGCAGGCACAGCCAAAUCUGGACUUAAACACAUCUGCUCGGGUACUGAGUAGACUUUGCAUACCUAAUGUAAUGAUGGAGUCAGUGCCAAACAGGCCGCUGGACUAUUACACAUGUGCCUUUCGCAAGUCAAAGAUGAACAGGUUCCUUGGCUGUGACGACCAUGAAACCUACUUCACUAAUACACAGAGACACCGUGUUGUAUAUGAGAUUCUUGCCAGGACGGUGUACGGCAAAAGGAAGAGGGCAGAGGUUGGUGUGGACAGACUGUUAAAUGAAGGGGUGUACACAGCAGGUUUCCCCCUGCACGAGGGCCCCUUUCAGCUUCCGAGGUAUGAGAUUCGUCCCGACGAGCUGAACCAGAGGCAGAUUCUUUACCACUACUGGGCCCGCUGGUGCAAAUGGUACAAGUACCAACCACUGGACCACAUCAGGGACUACUUUGGAGAGAAGAUUGCUCUCUACUUUGCCUGGCUGGGUUUCUACACAGCCUGGCUGCUACCAGCGGCUGUAGUCGGAACCCUGGUCUUUGUGUCUGGAGUUAUGUCCAUGAGUACCAACACACCAGCCAAGGAAAUCUGUAACAGCGGAGCUAGUUAUCUGAUGUGUCCUCUCUGUAAUACAUGCAAGGCCUGGAACAUGUCUGAUAUCUGCACCAUGGCCAAGUUGGGUUACUUAUUUGACCACCCAGGUACUGUCCUCUUCAGUGUGUUCAUGUCUUUCUGGGCCGUAACCUUCCUGGAGUACUGGAAGCGAAAGAUGGCCACCCUGGCCCAUCACUGGGACUGCAUGGACUUCCAUGAAGAAGAGGAGCGUCCUCGUCCAGAGUUUGCUGCCAUGGCCCCAACUAUGGAGCAAAACCCAGUGACUGGGGUCAAAGAGCCCUAUUUUCCAGAGAAGACCAGGUUGACACGCAUGUUCACUGGCUCCAUGGUCAUCAUUAUGAUGCUGUGUGUGGUGAUGAUCUUCCUGGUGACGGUGGUCAUGUGCCGUGGUAUCAUCAGCGUGAUGAUGUUCCAUACUGGGAGCCCCGUCCUGCGUACAGAGGCAGGGACCAUAGCCAACAUCUCCAGCAGUAUUGUGAAUCUGGGCCUCAUCCUGUUGAUGGGCCGGGUCUACACUGCAUUAGCUGAGAAGCUCACUAAAUGGGAGAUGCACAGAACACAAACCCAGUAUGACAAUGCCUUCAUCUUCAAGGUGUUCAUCUUCCAGUUUGUCAAUUUCUACUCGUCCCCCUUCUAUGUGGCUUUCUUUAAAGGAAGGUUUGUGGGUUACCCCACCAACUAUGGGACCUUGUUUGGGAUGAGAAAUGAAGAUUGUGGUCCUGGGGGUUGCCUCAUUGAACUGGCUGAACAACUCUUUAUCAUCAUGGUGGGAAAGCAACUCAUCAACAAUAUUCAGGAGUUCGUUAUCCCUAAAGUGAAGGCCUGGCGCCAGAAGAGAACUUUGGCCAAGGUGCUGGGGGAUAAGGCAUCACAUGAGCCUCUGCGAUGGGAGGAAGACUACCAGCUGGUGGAGUGUGAAGGCCUGUUCGAAGAGUACCUGGAGAUGGUGCUCCAGUUUGGGUUCAUCACCAUCUUCGUGGCAGCGUUCCCCCUCGCUCCGCUCUUCGCCCUCCUCAACAACUGGGUGGAAAUUCGUCUGGACGCCCACAAGUUUGUGUGCGAGUACCGCCGACCGGUGGCUGAGCGCGCCCAGAACAUCGGAGUCUGGUUCAACAUACUGGAAGCCCUGUCACACCUGUCCGUCAUCGCCAAUGCUUUCCUAAUAGCCUUCACAUCCGAUUUCUUACCUCGCCUGCUGUACCAGUACAAGUUCGAUAAUGAUCUCAAUGGAUACGUCAACUUCACCUUGGCUUACGCCCCACUUAACUACACUGAACAUCCUAUGUGCAGAUAUAAGGCAUACAGAGACAACAAUGGAAACUACACUCUGUUCUACUGGGAACUUCUUGCUGUCAGACUUGGUUUUAUCAUUGCUUUUGAGCAUGUGGUGUUCUUCGUGCUGCGAGCCAUCGACUGGAUCGUACCUGAUGUCCCCGAAUCCCUGGAGCUGAAGAUCAAGAGGGAGCGCUACCUGGCCAAGCAGGCUCUGGCCGAGAAUCAGGAGGCUCUGUUGGUGAGUCGAGGCCAAGGGGCGGCCCUUGCCACCCCAGACACCUCCAGCCCAGCAAGUGACGCGUCCUUUGGAAACAUGAGUUAGGACUCCAGUGUGGAAAACGAGUGGUUUGAGGGGAGAACAGGAGUGAUAUUGGAAGAAUAAAAGAUACUUCUGGGAUAACAUGAGUGAACUUUUUCCCUGAGUGGAAUGCUGUCUUUGCACUGGGAUUUUGUUUUCAUUUUACUAAUGUGCAUACUGCUGCACAGACAUUAUGAUAAGCAGGUGUGUAAUGGAGGCUAAACUUACCCAAAACUCAGUUUACCCACCUUUUCAUUUGGAGAACACAGUUCCUCAACAUUUUGAGGCUGACGCACUGAAAGUCUAUGACUUAUAUUCAUAUUAGGCCCAUACAAUUGACAUCUUCACAUGUUCAAAAAUCUGUUCUCAAUCCGAAAAGGAUCCGAGACUUUCUUAUCCAAACUGGAUACCAGCGGACCAUAAGGAAAUGGAACAAAAACACCCCGAAAAAUGUGAUUAAUAUAGUUUGGUGAUGCGCAGCCCCCAAUUUACUUUAAGCCUGCUCCCAGUUUUUGCUUCUGUUAAACUACUCCGCUCUGAAACCAGUUAGAAAAAAAGUUUAAAAUCAAAACCUCCAUUGCCUGAUGUUUCUCUGUUGGAUCAAGUGCAUUUAUUAUUUUUUUUUGUGUGUUGGCAGAAAUGUAAAACUAGUACGUAAAUAUAUAUAAAAAUGAAUAGUGAAAUGUAUUGGGGCCGGCUAGUUUGGGGUAAAACUCAACAGCCUCCUGGCCAAAAUGCAACACUCUCAAAGUAACAGGCACAGUAUCUACCAUAAUGAAGCCACAUCCAUGCCAGUAAUUAGUUGCGUUUCAAGUGACUGAAGUUGCAGCAUGAUUUGUUAAUGCUAUCAGACCGUUUUCAGGUUCUCUUGGGUCCAGUUAGAAUUUCACACAGUCCUGACACCUGCAGCAGUGUGCGUCAGAUCCAAGAGUAGAAAGUGUGGACCCAAGACCCAAUAGUAUUAAAUUGAUGUUAUAUGUUUUUAAUGACAUUAAAGUGUAACUUAAUCCCUUCUGAAAAUCUUUUUUUUUGCUGACCUCCAGUGGUUUAAGUUCUCACCUUGAUGCAGUGAUGAACAGAUGACCUGGGUGUGGUUGCAGCUGCACACACAACCACACCCAUCAGUGAAGCUGGGUGUGGUCAGAGGCAAAACUUUAAACCACAGAGGGCAGUGAAACACUGCUGUUCUGCCUGCUGUUAAGUUACUCUUUAAAGGGGCACUGCAGCACUGUGCGCUGCCAACAAUGAGCAGAAGCAGAAGAUUAUGCUUUUUAAAAACUGAUAACAAUCUGCAGCUUAAAUUAAUUCACUCUAGGUCACUUGUGUCUAAAUUUGGCAACUGUUGCCUAUAUUUAUAGCCAUCCGCCAAAUUAAUAUAAUUAAAACUGAUGGCUAUAACACAAACCUACAGUAUCCUUACAUUGUCCAGAGCAAACUUGUUUUUCUAUGUUGAGGAACAUUGAGGAUAUUAUUAAAACAAAUAUUUGACAUGCAGUGGGGAAAAAUCCAUCUGGAACCAGCAACUUCUCCCACUUCGCAACUUGUUUAGACUCUCCCUGCCUGGUAAAUACCUGUCUUUCAAACUCCAUACCCCAAGUUUGUAACGCAAGCUUUCUGCCAAACAUUUGUAGUCUUCAAACCCAAGCGGAGAUAACCCCGAUGACAUUAUUUUCUCAGACUUUUCUCAGACUUGACAAAGUCCCUGCAGUGCAACACAUGACAUUAAACACCAUAGACUGUGUAGUCCUCUCCAUAAUGAGUAAACUGAUCCUUACGUGUAAAAUCAGUGGUGUGCACCUCCAAUUUGAGCUUACAUUGUGGCUGUUUUCUUUAUGAUGACAUCUGACUUGACAUAGUGCACCUACCUUUAGCCACUAGCUGAGAUGGCAAAGAACCAACAGUCUUUUUUUCCAGUUAAUUUUUAAAGGCUUUGAUUGAGAGCUGUUAUUAUUACACAGAUUAUCUGUAUUAUCAUACACUAUGAUGAAGAACAUCUGCAAACAUCUACACCCUGGUCUGCAAUGUAUGUGUGCAUACACAUAUACUGUAUAUGUUUACUGUCAAUGGAUGCUGAGCAUGUCCGUCUUUUCUACUUGAAUGAUCUGCAGAGUUUCAUAUGGAAGAUUUCUGAGAACUGCUACUGUACGAUACUAUAAACAGGAGUGAAACAGUACCUCGAUAUAGGACAUAUUUUGUGUGUGAGCUGUUUUGCAUUUAAGGCCUUUUAGACCAAAAUAAAUGUAGUUUGAUGAAUGCAAA